GGUGAGGGUGUUAACUACACCCAGGCGGAGCAACACAUCCUUCAUUACCGAGCAGACCACAGCCAAAGGGGCCAGAGGGAAGCUGCGAAAGCCGACAGAUGUGACCCGGACUACGGCAGGACAAUACGCAGUAGUGAAGACGGAGACCCAGCGACUGUGCUAAUAUGUGGCAACCUGCGUCGGAGCGACUGCAGCACUUUCAGACAAUGCUGAAGACCAAGCUAAAUGUGCUGACUCUGAGGAAGGAGCCAUUGCCUACGGUGAUAUUUCAUGAGCCUGAGGCCAUUGAGCUCUGCUCCACAACACCAAAUGCAAAGAGCAGGACCCACGCUGGAUACAAGGUGAACUACUUGGGCAAGAUGAGAAUCUCUGGGACCCAGUUCUUGUCUGGCUGCACGGAGUCAGCUGUAGUGGGUCUGGUGGAGCGUCGGGCCUUGGCCCAGCAGCAGGGAACUUCACCCUCAAACAACUCCCUACUUGAAAUCCGUCCCUUCCACGUGCAUCUUCACCACCUAGACCAGCACGGCGAAGCGUCAGUGACUGUGGACACCUACCAGGUUGCACGCAUCGCCUACUGCACCGCUGACCAUAGCGUCAGACCCAACGUAUUUGCCUGGAUCUACCGGGAGAUCAACGACGACCUGUCCUUCCAGAUGGACUGCCAUGCAGUUGAGUGCGAGAGCAAGCUGGAGGCCAAGAAGCUGGCGCACUCAAUGAUGGAGGCUUUCCGCAAGACUUUCCAAAGCAUGAGCAGCGACGGUCGCAUUCACAAGAGCGGGUCAACAGAUGACUUUGCUGAGGACUCAUCCACACCCGACAACUCAACCCCCGAUGACGGCUGAAGCAAGACCCGUUCCUUCCUCUGAUCUUUCUUCAAACAAACCAGGGGAGACUGGAAGGACAGAGUAUCUGUUCUUCUUCGUUUUUCCUGAUUGUUGCUUUCUGUUAUAAAUUUGGUAUCAAAUUGAUUGAGUCAAUCAACCAACAUGCCCAGGAUAAUGAAGUACCAUAGCUUACAAAUAGUAUUGAGGAAGAGUAGAACAAACAAAUUAAGUACAUGCACAAAGUGAUGCCAUUUUUAAAAGAUGCCUCUAAGAGACCCUACUGAAGGGUUUCAACCCUCAUUCUAAUGACCUACAAAAAUUGUACUUUAAUUUGAAUUUCAAACUAUUACUGAUUUCCAUUGUUCUGGUUGCUAAGAUUUUUAUUUUUAGAACUGAAAAAAGUUUUGUCCCAGACUCCCUUCUUGCUCUUUCUGCCAUGUUGUGACCAAAACAUAAAUAUGCCUGUGACCCAUUUCAGGUCUGAGCCCAGAGUGUAUCAGACUGUUGAAGCACGUCUCUGUUACAUCGCCUUCAGUCUAGGUAAGAUGACGAUGUGUCUGUAAAACCUUUAGGAAAUCUCACUAUGAUGAGUUUAUUCCAACCCCCAACACAGAUACUCGUGAGUAAGGGAUGAUAGAGCAAACGUGUAUUUGGUCAUAUAGUAGAUACUUAAAGAUUCAAAGUAUGCAUUAGGCACCUGGAAGAUGAUACGCACUCAAUAGGUCGCAUUUUAAAAGUUCUCACUGCGUUGGCAGCCUGGGCUUGUUUGAGACACCUUAAUCAACCUCAUCCGAGUUUUGUUUUAAAUAUACCAAAAUCCAGACUGUGUUUUAGCCUGCCAGAUUAUGUGCCUCACUUUCCUCUCACAUUUUAUGUGUGUGUGUGUGUGUGUGUGUGUGUGUGCUUUUAUGUUCUCUGUGUAACUGCUUCUGUACCGUUUGUGAGGGUAUAAAAGUGAUUGUGGUAGUCUUUGUGUGUGGAUGCAACUUAAAGAGCAGGAAGGUAAAAUAGUGUUUGGUUAACUUGAGGGGGAUUUUCUUUGCCCCUGAAGUAUUCUUUCUUUCAAUCAGACAUGGGGCUGUGAACAUUUACCACAAUUUUUAUAUUUUGUAUGAACGAAAAACGAAACCAUGAGUUGGAAAUGUGCCAGUCGCCGACAUGCCCUAAAUCGCAGCUGUGCAAAUGAAAAAAACAUUCACCUCUUGGCCUCUGCUGAAUGUAUGAGUUUGUCGUACUGUGAGCGCCUCACAUCGUCUCCGGACGCUUCAGCCUCCAUGAACCUCCUCCUGCCAUCGCCAGCGACAUGAAAGCUGGACGUUUCUGCUGCCCUGAAUCGUCGCCGUUCAGGACUGAGGCUCCUUUCUUUUCUAACAGAACUGGUAUGAACAUCUCUGGAUCUAUACCACAUAGACAAACCCAGAUAUAAACCAUAAAAACUGUAUGUACACACUUUGUGUUUGAACUUUGCUCAAUAAGCUGAUGUAAAUACAAAUGUAUUACUUUCCAAUUAUUGCAGCAUAAAUGGCGAUAGUUAUUUUAAAUAAUAAGAAAAAAUAAUGAGAACCAUCACAUGAAGCCAGACUAGUGUAAUGAAGCCUACUGUGAAUAUAAAUGGAGAGCCUGAUAGCAGUGUCUGUGAGCAUGUGUGCGUGUGUGUGUGUGUGCACGCACGCGCGUUUGGGUAAAGUUGAAUGUGGAGGGAAGUGCUGAGUGAUGAUAGACCAAAAAUUGGGGUAAAAUGUAAUGCUGUAGAUUACUGUGCCAUGUCUGUUUUACAGCUCAGAUGCUUUAAAUGUGCAGAAAAAACAACCCAGUGUUACCGUGAGUGUUUUCUAUAGUGUUUGCAAAGAUCAAAAACACAGUUGUAUAUAAAGUAUUUACCAAGACCAA